UCCUUCCCACCUCAUCUCCCCAGUGCCACCUUAACACCUCCCUGGGUGCUCUCAAGGCCUGGCAGUCUUUCCAAGGGCUUUUCAUUAGUGCUAUCUGUGGCCGCGGCUGAGCCAGGAGCUGGCAGGGAACAAGGGGCCCUCCAGAUGGGCACCUCCCUCACCAGGAUGUGGGGCAGCACGGGAUUGUGUGGGCGAGCAGAUCCUCCUGGAUGGGUGGAAGUGGGGACGCAGCCGCUGCCCACGGCCCCACGCGGGACUCUGGUCCCUGCCACGCGUCUCCCAACUGCAGCACGUGGCCCUGAUUGGUUUAAAGUCUGAGUGUUAUCACCCACCCCAGCCCGGGGCUCAUAAAAUCAGGCAGCAAAGCAGCCGGUGCCGCUGCUGCUGCCCGCGUUCUGCCGGUACCAUGGGCUACGUGUCCUUCGUGAAGAGGACUCGAGUGCUGCUCUGCAUCCAGAACCAGCUGGCACGAGAGUGCCUGGCUGAGCUGCUGGCUGUCUUCAUGCUCAUUCUGAUCACGCUGGGCGGUGCAGCACAGAUGGUCACCAGCUCCGGGACCAAAGGGAACAUCAUCACCUCCUCGCUGGCGGGCGCCCUGGCCGUCAUGGUGGCCAUCCACACGGCGGGGGGGGGUCGUCUGGUGAGGCUGGGGGCGGCUCACCUGAACCGGCUUUCUCCCUCUUCCAUGUCCCUGCUGGGGCAGCUCCCGUGGUGGAAGUUCCCCAAUCUUUGUAGGCCGUGCAGACCUUCGGGUCCUUCAGUCGCCGCCGCAGCCGUCUACGCUCUGUAUUACGACGCCAUCUGGUCCUACAGCAACGGGACCCUCACCGCCUCCGGGCCACGGGAGACGGCCUCCAUCUUCGCCACGUACCCCGCUGAGCACCUCUCCCUUCCCAAUGGCUUCCUGGACCAGGUUCUGGGCACGGCGGCGCUGAUCGUGGGCAUCCUGGCCAUCACCGACACCCGCAACCGUGCCGUCCCGCGAGGCCUGGAGCCGCUGGCCGUGGCACUGCUGGUGCUCGCCAUCGAGGUGUCCAUGGGCUCCAACUGCGGCAGCCCCAUGAACCCCGCACGGGACUUCGGCCCGCGGCUCUUCACGCUGGCAGCGGGAUGGGGCACCGAGGUGUUCAGCAGGGGCAGCGCGUGGUGGUGGGUGCCGGUGGUGGCCCCGCUGGUGGGGGCCGUGCUGGGUACGGGGCUCUAUCAGCUCUUCGUGGCCUUCCACCACCCCGAGGAAGAGGAGGAGGACGGCAGGCGAGCACGCAGGCAGACCAAGCACUGACGGCCCCGGGUGCCGGGGAUGAGCCCAUUAAAGAGCCGAGCCGCGGCCGCCGCGUGUCCGUGCUGUGGGGCGCGGGGCUGGGAGGGGGGCUGGGGGCUGCUCCCCAACGCCUGAACAUCUUCAUCAAUGGCAUCGACGACGGAAUCGAGGGCACCCUCAGCAAGUUCGCUGAUGACACCCAGCUGAGUGGUGCGGUUGACACGGGGGAAGGAAGGGCUGCCAUUCAGAGGGACCUCGAGAGGCUGGAAAGGUGGGCCUGGGUGAACCUGACGAGGUUCAACGCAGCAAAGUGUGAGGUUUUGCACUUGGGCCGGAAGAAUCCCAGGCACUGAUACAGACGGGAAGGAGCGGACCUUGAGGGCAGCUUUUUCUGCCACAAAUACCCGUGUUUCCCCCAAAAUACAGCUUUUUCUCCCAGAAAUAUGUUUUCUCCCCAAAAAUGUGGCUUUUU